UUAAAGUCUUUUAAACGAAAAUAAUUCAUUUCAAUUUUUUUAGAUUUCAAAAUGACUUUUGAAUUUACCACCAAAUUUUCUCAUGUGACUUUUGUUGACUUUGUAUACAAAAUUGGGAAGGAUUGAUAAAAGAUGACAACCAAUGUCAUCAGAUGGUAAUCAAGCCUUGGGCGAUCAUAUUAUAUCUAUAUUUGAGCCUGUUCUAGUUAAUCUAGAAGAGCAAGUUAACCGUGUUGAGAAAAGUCAAUUGGCAUUGAGAGGUCAACUUGAUUCACUUUUGGAAACCUUACGCCUGUUGAAAGAAAACAGUGAAGGAGAUCAAUUUUUAAUAGUUCUAGAGGAUAAAUCCAAAAAAUUAAUUGCCUUGAAAAGGAAAUUAACUCUAGUUCAUACUUUAUUGCAAAACAGUAACGAGCGUUGUCGUAAACUUAUUACUGCUCAUCCAAUCGUUGAAAAAUCUUAAAGGUACUACAAGUUUCAUCAUGGGAGGACAUGGAGGACAUGGUCAUGGUCAUGGAGGACAUGGCCCUCACUAUCCAGAAGGUGCUAAAAUACCUGAUUGGAAACAGUGGAAUGUUAUUGAUGACAAUUUUCCUGAGCUUGUAAAAUAUCGAGAUAGAUUAGCCAAAAAGGGCUUGAAAGAUCCAUUCAUAAGAGAUUAUGCUUGGAUAUACGAUCGAAGAGUUUCCAAGCCUUGGGAUUCAUUCAAACCUCUAUUCAGUGGUUUCUACAUCGGAGCUGGAAUUUUCGCUGCCAUCGUUAUUAAGAAGACAUUUUUUGAUAAACCAGUGGAAAAAAUAGAUCGUUAUCCAUUACUCAAUGAAAUGCAAGAUCGUGACUUUGAAUAAUUCUGUUGUCAUGUUUAGCUUUUACUUGAAGAGAUCAGAUUAAAUUGUAAAAUUUACUAAUAUUAAAUAUUAAUAUUCGAACCGGUUGAAAAA